AGAUUUUGUUGAAGCCCCAAAUCAGGACCUCCAUGACAACAUGUCCCCUGUCAAUUGAAAGACCACAUCCAGUUUAGGAGCAUUUUAUCCAUGAUUUGAAACAGGUGAAAACCGGUUUCAUAUUUCACCUGGUGUGGCUCUGGUCAUUUUUUGCUUUCAAACUGUUCUCAGACAUGAAGCCAAAAUGAUUGCCCUUUGGCUGUAUGAAUGGCUGUCUUUUGCUAAAAUCCACAAUUAUUUCCCAAUAUUCCUAAUAGCUGUCUCAUUUAUGUGAGCGUAUACAUGCACUUUUAAUGUCCAGAUUCAUUUCUUCUGUAGAGGUAUACCUACCUACAUAAACCAACGUUCUCUGGUUUUUUAGAAAUAUAGAAACCUGAUUUUUGGUUUACAUGACAUCUAAUAAAACAGAUUAAUUGUAAAAAUCAAUUACCUAAGGGCAUGCUUUGCCUUAGGACUAUUUCAUUAACAUAUCAAUGCUUACUUGAAAGCAGGGGGUUGUCUUUUUCUGUAGAUAGUAACCCACCCCUCCAAAUUUUGUCAACUCAAUAUUUAUUAAUAACACUAGCUGCAAUUAAGCUGACAAAGUCUAUAACAUCUUUCCUUCAUACUGAACUCGUAUCUCUGAGGUAAAUCAGGCUAAUAGGAAAAAGUCUUCAGUAGGAUGAAACAUGAUAAAAAAUACUGGAAGAACUCUUCUGGCACAGAAUUUGGUGCAUGAAAGGAGAAGAAUUUAGUAGAAACAGCUUUUUGCCCAGGGUUCGGUUAAUUUAUGUGUAAGCAGCUUUCAGAAACGGGGUGAAUGGAGACCUGAACAAUGCCCAUUCAUGUUGACGACUAUAAAUGAAGCUCCGGUUGUGAACCCUGUGUGUUUAGAUUUUGAGUCUCAGGUCCACAUGCUUUACGCACAAUAGCCCAAAAAAAUUAUUUGUGUGUUAUUUUCAUAAAAUGUCACAAAACUGAAAUUUUGCAAUGUCUUCCUUUUUUAGUCAUUAUUAGUUGUGUGGUCUGGUUCAACUUUGUUCAGGUCUUAAAGUGUCUGGCCUUGUUCUGGGAUUAGCCAGCUGGAGGAGUGAAGGAGGGGGCCCGACAUUCCUAUCCCGCACCUCUUGAGUGUGCAGAGAGUGAGGGCCUCUCAGCUAAUUGGCAGGGAGAGUAACAAUGCUUGUGUGCCUUAAAAGAGAAGCCCUGGUGGGAUUUUCACAAGGGCAACGGGAAAGGCAGUGAGAGUGUUAAAUGUGGUGGAGGCACCUUAAUAUUUGGGAUUUUCCUAGUUCUGAGCCAUAGGAUUGGGAGAGGUGGCUGCUAAUUUAGGGGGUCAGGUUCUGUUGGAUCUUGUAAAUGUGGAAAGAAACUUCAUGUCCAUCAUUGGAUCUUAAGUUAGGAUGAAGAUGAGCUCCCAAGAAAUGGAGGAGAGCAUCAUAUCCUAUUUGUCACAGAGUGAGACGGACGACAACCCCAAAAACUUAAAUGUGGUAGCCAUUCUUCACAAUUUUUGGGAGCAGAAGCAAAGAGCUCAGUUGGAGGAGUCCUCAGCUGGAUCAGAGAUUGAGAGUCUGCUGUUGUACGAGUCUGCGUCUUCCCCUGGUCCCCCAUACGUCUGCUAUGUAACACUUCCUGGAGGAAGCUGCUUUGGUAACUAUAAGGUGUGCGACACCCAAGCCGAGGCUCGAAGAGAUGCAGCUCGAGUGGCUUUGAUGAACUCCCUCGUGAACGAACUCCCAUGUCGACGCAUCAGCCCCGACUUCAUCUUUCAGAGUCUGCAGCAGGCUGCCAAAAAUAAUGCUGUCCAUAUGAAUGAUGCACAUGAUCCAAACACAAGUCUAGGAACCUACAACUUGCUGCUCCACUCCUUUAUGGGAAGGACUAUGCUGGAGUUCCAGGAGAUGAUGAUAGUUUUCCAACUGUUGCAAUGGAAUGGGACACUGAAGGCUCUAAGGGAAAGGCGGUGCUCUCGACAGAGUGUGAUUGCCUACUACUGUCAGCGACGGCUUGACGAGUACAUGCACAGCAGUAUGGCUUUGGACUGGCUGGGGCGAGAGCAGAGAUCUCCAGGACUUCUUGGACUUGAGCUUCAGGUGGCCCAGAAGGAGUUGGUGCUGGCAAGGCGGCGAGGCAUAGAGUUACGCUUCUACAAGGAGAAGAACGACAUACUUAGCUUGGCCCUGAGUCAAGCAUACAUUCAACACCCACCUGAAAUUUUUGAACAGGAAUCUGACCAUACCUGCGACCAAGAAAAUCUUCCUUUGCACCCACUUCACAACUGCAGUGCAGAUGCCCAGAUAUCCCAGUGCCCUAAUCGAUCACCAGUUUUCCAUAAAAAGAUAUUAGAUGCCAGCACUCCCUUCAUCAGCCCAUCACCAUCGUCACAGCAGGCUUUUAUGGCUUUAGGCUCUGAAUAGAUAAAAUAAUUAAAAGACCGAACUC